AUGGCUUACCAAGCAUCUUUCAUACCAGAAGCAAGUGUUACCACCACCGAAACGGAAGAUGAAGAGAGUAUGGACACUUCACCUUCUCGUGAAGAUGUUUCAUCAUAUGCAAGUGUUGGAUUUGAGUUGCUACCACCAACAACACGUGUUCGAUCACAGCAACGAGCCGAAAGUGCAGCAAGUCAACUUUUCUUAACACCAGACAAAACAACAACAAAACAUUUUACAAAACAGCAUACAUUCCAAGUUAAAAAGAAAAACAGAAUAGAACCAAUCGAAAAGCCAACAUCACCACGGAGGGAUAUUCUUCCAUCUCAAGAAUAUCAAUAUCACAAUAUUUAG